CAGAGGGCCCAUUGUUGAUGAGGCAAGUCAUACAAAGCCAUAGGGUAUUUUAAGGCGAUCACUUGCGCUGUUCCCGGACUUGUUCGGUGUAUCGUGGUUGGAUACUCGAAUGACGAUGGCAAAACAUGGUUCAACACAAAUGGUACCAAGCUGGCGAAGCCUAUUUCAACAUCUGAUGACAGCACUUUGAUCUGGGAUGUUCCUCAAAAUAGUCGCAUGGUCAACCAAGAGGGGCAGCUCAUCGACACCAAGGGCAGGUUUCAUAUCCUGAUGAGAGAUCUGUUGUCUGGUGAACAUCAGUACCAACAUUAUCUUCGGAAAGCUGAUGGAACAUGGACCAAGAAUGCCAUCAACCCCGCUGGUCUCAACGGGCCCGACCUGUACGACCCCAGAGGCAAACUUGCUGGCGACGCGAGCGGGGAGUACUUAUUCGGUAUUCUCCCGGAUCCCGUGAAGCAAUCGACAGGCAUUUACGUCGCUACCGCAUCAAAGGAUUUCAAGGACUGGAAGAGUUUAGCUGAGAUCCCGAAUACUUCGACCGAACCCCUCUUUGAUAGGACAAGACUUCACGAAUCGGGGAUUUUGAGCGUAUUUGUGAGACAAGCUGGCGGAUUUCCUGAUCGCAAGUUGCAAGUAUGGGAUUUUGAGCUUGACUUGUAGUCAACAUGAGCCAACUGGUUUCUUUGCCUCUUGUUUCAUUCCAAGUAGAUCAUAUCAUCAUAUCUUGUUCCUGCA